CUAUUCCAAUUUUAUGGAGAGACCCAUUUAAUAAUAAUCUUCAAUUCGAACAUGCCGUGAAGCUUAUCGAUGUAUACAUUGCUAGUUUUCCGCCAACAUUACAAGAUCUUUUGAAUCUUCCAUCAAAAGACUUGUACACAACUAAUCCAAGUUUUAAUUAUGCCAAAUUUUUGCGAAGGAUGAAUCUUACACAAAUUCGAGCGGCAUCUGGCCAUUGGCUAAAGCACAAGAAUAUAACAACUAAAUGUCCAAUUUUUGAACAAUUAUGCACGCAUUUUGUUAAUUCUGCCCAAACUCUUAGGAUUAUUGAAUUCAAUCCUGAAGUUGAUGCUAUUGUUAACAUGAACAUAUUUACGCUUCCUAAUGCUUCAACCAGUCUUUGUUAUCUCAGGGAGUUCGCUUGUUAUGGUGAACCAAUUAAUAAUUUGUAUGCAACCGCCGCCAAAGUUGUCACAAGGAUCAAAAAUUUAAGAAUAUCACUUGUGCAUGGUUGUCCAAUUAUGUCAACGACUUUGAAUGGUAUGUCAACUUUUAUCAGUUCACAGAAACAACUUGAAAAAAUUUCAGUGGAUAAUAGGAUCGGCUGUUUUUGUUGUCCUCAAGAUCUUUCGUUGGCAUUAGAUUUGACGAAUGUGUUUAGUUCAAUUGGUUCACAGGCAGAAACUUUGCUAUCAUGCCAUUUUUUUUCUAUCAAUUUCCACAACGAUUUUCCUUUGAAACAAUUAGCAGAAUGUCAAAAUCUUCAAGAACUAGUUAUUUCAAGAAGUUGGAAUUUCGGAAUUCCCGAUUACACCAAUGUUCACUUGAAAUCGUUUACACGCUUAAGUAUAAUCGAAUUAAUAUUAUCUACCGUUCCAGAUAUGUUGAUUAAGACUUUGCUCAUUCAAUCCGGCAAAUCUCUGAGAAAAAUUAAGCUUGAACAACAUGGGACUUUCUCUGAAACACUUCAAUACUGUGCCGAAAACAAUCAAAAUAUCACAAAUAUAUUAGCUUUUAUUUAUCCAGAAGAAAUUUACCAACUUCCAAUGUUUCUCAGUGCUUGCCAACAAUUAGAACAGAUUGAACUUUGGGACAAAAACACUCCUAAUCGAAGAGGAUAUGAAGAUUUGCAUUAUUCUAUGAGAACAGUUGAAACGAUUAACGUUAAUGAAAUUUUACCACACCUUGGAGCUGUUAUUCCUUGUUCUCUG